AUGGUAGCCAACCCAGAUCACAAGGCCAACUUGAGCCUGGAAGCCCUGGCCAACCUACAGGUUCCCAAUGAUCUUCGAAUUUCUCCCGACGCCGCUAAGGUCGUUUACACACUUCGAGACUUUAGCAAAAAAUGCGAGAAUCUAACCUCAUCAAUCUGGAUAGCCGAGAUUGGCAAAGAAAAUAGUACUCGUCAAUUUACCUCCGGCUUGUUUCACGAUGAACAGCCACAGUGGUCUCCAGAUGGAACUUCUCUUGCAUUCAAGUCCGAUCGGGGUCACCUGGGUAAAGGCUCGGCGAUCUAUGUGAUGCCAGUAAAUGGAGGUGAGCCGUACCCCAUCACGCCUGUCGAUAAUGAAAAACCAAUUGUGGCGUUUGAAUGGAGUCCCAGCGGCGCGUUCAUUGCAUUUACCAGCGCAGACGAGAAGACGGAAGAACAAGUCUGCAAGGAGAAAGCAAAAAACGAUGCCACGAUCUGGGGAAAAAACCUAGAAUACUGCCGCUUGAAAGUUGUUCAUAUAGCGACAAGACAGAUCCAGACAGUGGUCUGUGGCGACAGACAUGUGCAUGACUUUUCUUGGAGUCCUGACUCCACGAACAUUAGCUAUAUCGAGCAUAAAGAGCCGGGUUUCAACUCCGCUGGAUUUUUUGGGGCAAAAAUACGCAUUGCGUCUCUCUUAGGAGCCAAAUUGACCACUGUGACUGAAUUCCCAGGACCAAUCAGCCAGGUUGAAUGGGGACACCGUGGCGUGUACUUCAUUGCCGGCCACAAGCCGACACACUGCUCAACUUCCCUUUCGCUAUACCGGCUUUGCGUUGAAGAUGGGUCAUAUACAGAGCAUGAAUCUAAAGAGAGCUGUUGCAUCCGUAUUCAGAAGAAUCGAUCUUCCCUCGCUUACCGUGUUCAGCACGAUCUUCAUGAUAAGCUUUUCGCGAUCGACGAUGGCAGCCAUACUCCAAUCCAUUGCGGGGAGUAUGAGAUGACCUCAUUCGAUAUCUUUAGGACUGCAAAAAAUACCGUGAUUGCCAUCACCAAAGGCGACGGAUCGAGCCCCGAGGAAGUCUUUUCCAUCUCUGAGUCUAAAGAUAUAGUCAAAUUAUCGGAUCACAAUUCUCACAUCGCCGCCCUCAAAAUAGCCAAACAAUGGUCUAUCUCUGCGACCGCAUCAGACGGCUACUCACUCGAUGGCAUGAUAUACGUUCCUUCCAAAUACAAAGCAGAGGAUGGACCCCUUGCCACCAUUUUGAUCCCGCACGGAGGGCCGUACUGGCGGGUAACGACCAGCUUUUCCGUCUGUCACUGUCUCGAGGUUCCACUUCUGGUCUCGGCUGGAUACGCUGUUCUUUGUCCCAAUUACCGUGGCGGGAGUGGCAGAGGUGAAAAGCACGCCGCAUAUGCUCGUGGUAUGGUGGGAACAGUCGACUACACAGAUUGUAUUGAUAUUCUUCGAAACUGCAUUGACAAAGGCCUCGUGGACCCUUCGCGUGUGGCGAUCGGCGGCUGGUCACAAGGCGGCUUUUUAUCAUACUUGGCAGUCACCCGCAAAGAUUAUCAAUUUCGAGGAGCCGUCUGUGGCGCAGGCGUGGUGGACUGGGACGUUUUGACGAUGACGAGCGAUGCAUACUGGUUUGAGGCCGAUAUGGCGGGCGGCGCGCCAUGGGAUGUAGAUGAGAAUGCAAAACCUGGUGAAGAACUAGACGACACGCACUUGAAAUCAUCAAAAGAAUGGAUACAAAACACGAAUAGUCGACGUGGAAGCGCAUUAUGGCAUAUGCGUAAUGUGAAGACGCCCGUCUUGAUUCUUCAUGGCGAAAACGACGUGCGUGUUCCCUUGACACAGGCUAUUGCAUUUUACCGGGCGUGUAUUCAUAACAAUGUGCCCGUUGACAUGGUAACCUAUCCUCGAGAAGGACAUUUGAUUACUGAGAGGAAACAUGUCAUUGAUUUGUGGACGCGGAUGAGGCAGUUUUAUGAUAUGAAUUUGCGAUAA